AUGACUGCCUCCCCAGUGAAGUCGUUGGUGAACAGAGGGAUGGAGAGCAACCAGUUGGAGCUUAGUCUGGCACCUGGCAAAGCAGGGAGCCCCGUAUUGCUCUGCAAAGUAUGCGGUGACACCAGCAGUGGGAAGCAUUACGGCAUCUACGCUUGCAACGGCUGCAGCGGUUUCUUCAAACGCAGCGUCCGACGGAAGCUGGUUUACAGGUGCCAGGUUGGCAGUGCAAUGUGCCCCGUGGACAAAGCGCACCGAAACCAGUGCCAAGCUUGUCGCUUGAAGAAAUGUCUCCAGGCGGGAAUGAACAAAGACGCGGUUCAGAACGAACCUGCUCAGCGGAGCGUCACGCAGGCACCUUACGUGCACGCAGUGCACAGAAGUGCUGAAGAGCUCAAAUACAGAUACCGGUACGCCUGUACUGGGGUGUACCGCCUGCAACUCACCACUGUAACUGCUAAAGACGAUACCGAUGGGCCGUUUGUCUUCGCAGCAGAGGAAAACAUCGACGUGACCACUAAUGAACCGGAACAUGGGGGGACGGAAGCUCCCCGGUCCCCGCAUCCCGCUGCCGGUCCCGAAAGUGUGUACGAAAUCUCUGCCCGACUCCUCUUCAUGGCUGUGAAAUGGGCAAAAAACCUUCCUGUGUUCUCAAACUUACCUUUUCGAGAUCAGGGCAAACGAUCUGUCAUCGUGCACUCUUCACUGGGGGGUCAAGAAACAAGAGGACUGAAGGAUCCAGACCAGGUAGAAAAUUUGCAGGAUCAGUCACAGGUGAUGCUGGGACAACACACUCAUAUACAUUAUCCUAGUCAGCCAGUCAGGUUUGGAAAAUUACUACUGCUGUUGCCUUCGCUGAAAUUUAUUACUUCGGAACGCAUCGAGGUUCUCUUUUUCCGCAGAACCAUUGGGAACACCCCUAUGGAGAAGCUGCUGUGUGACAUGUUCAAAAAUUAAACAGGCAAAGUUUUGGGGGAGUGGUUGAAAUUCCUAAGCGGGUUCCUCUGUUUGAAAGCCUGGAUCCCGAAAUGCAAGCAGGAGGAGAGACAGAGUAAGCCGUCCAGAUGUUUUGGGAUUUGGGCUGGAAGCCUUUAAGUGAUAACAGACAGUGCUGGUAUCCGGAAUAGAGCUGGAAGGGACCUUGGAGGUCUUCUAGUCCAAGUCAUUCAACUGUAAAAGGCAUCCGACAGCAUAAGAACUGCUUCUGAUUCACUAGUACGAGAGACAACAGUACGGGAAUGAUACCGUUGAACUGUAGCGUUGAACUAUUGAAUUGACUCCGGAACCCGUCAGUUACUCUACAUUCGAUUAAAGCAAUAGUAUGGUUACAUUCAGAUAGUCCUUGAUGUACAACCUUUCAUUCAGUGACCGUUUGAACAUACCACUACACUGAAAAAAGUGACUUAUGACUGUCCUUCACACUUUCGGUUGUUGCCACGUCCCCAUGGUCACGUCAUCAAAAUUCAGCCGCU